AUGAACAGUAAUAGUGAUAGAGUAGUAUCAAUGAUUGAAAUUGUGGAUGAUGGUUCAACAAGUAUCGAUGAUGAUAUACGGGAAGUUGAUUAUAAGCAACAAUCUCGAACGCAUAUAGUACAUUCAAGUGCUGGUAGUACGAGUAGUACUGGUACAGGCACAAAUACAGGAACAAAACGUCAAAAAGAUAUAUCACCAUGUUAUGUAUGUGGAGCAAAAGCAAAUGGUUAUAAUUUUGACCAAAUCACUUGUGAAUCAUGUAAAGCAUUCUUCCGUCGAAAUGCAUUAAAAUCAAUGGAUAAAUUUCGUUGUCGUAAUAAUGAUAAUUGUGUUGUAACAUCAGUAACACGUAAGCGUUGUAAACGAUGUCGUUUAGCUAAAUGUUUUAAAGUUGGUAUGCGAAAAGAAUGGAUAUUAACAGAUGAAGAAAAAACAUUGAAACGUCAAAAAAUUGUACGUAAUCGUAUGAUGAAACAAGCACAAAUGAGUCUUCAACAACAAACAAAUGGCUUAAGCAAUUCAAAUAUUCAAACAGAUAUAAAAACAUCUGAAAAAUCGUUAUCUAUAGUCGAGCAAUCUCUUACAAGUUCAUCACCUAUAAUGUAUAUGAAACCUUCACCUGAUCAACAAUUGUAUGAACGACAACAAUAUUUACUCGAUCAAUUAUCUAAUGGAUAUCAAUUAAUAACUAAGCAAUAUCCUCAACCAAAUAAAUUUGUUCAUCGUAAUAAAAUAAUAUAUCAAACAGAAAAUUUCGAAACAAAAUUAUCAUUAAUUAAAGAUUUAACACGAGAAUUAACACAAAUGACAACAUUACGUUUAUUAAAUUAUUUUAAUUUAAUACCUGAAUUUCAAUUAUUAACACAACAAGAAAAAAAAAAUAUUCUUACACAAAAUAUGUUAACAGUUUUUAUGUUUCAUGGAGCACUAACAUAUAAUGCUGAUAAUGACACAUGUGUUGAUCGUACAACAGCUGAUGAUCCUUAUGAUGCAAAAUAUUUAUUGUAUGUUUAUGGAACAAAAAUUUAUACUAAUUUUGUUGCAUUAGCUAAAGGCUUAACUUCUGUUGCAUAUGAAUCUAUAGUUGAUAAACACUCAGAAGAAAAUUCACAUACAUUAUUCUUAUUGCUUAUGGUAAUUCUUUUGUUUUCAAAUGGUUUUCAUGUUAAUACAAUUGAAGAUAAUCAAUCGAAAUUAAAAAAAAUUCAACAAACCUAUAUGGAUAUAACAUUUCGAUUUUUACAUGAUCAAUUUGGUCUAACAAAUGGUCGACGAAUAUUUCAAAAACUUGUUCCUUUACUUAUUGAUCUUCAAAAAUUAUGUUCAACAUUAGCCAAUGUUAAUUUAUGUGAAAUGGCUGAAGAUGAUGAUCGAUCAGUACCAUCACGAGCAUCGACAACAACGAUGUCGACUUAUAAUUUUGGUCAACAAUCAGUUCAAUCAUCACCAAUAUCAUCUUCAUUAGAAUUUAAUUCAACAAUGAUUAGCGGUAGAUCUCAUUUGAAUGAAUUACAAAAAGAAAAUCGAGCACCAUCACCACCACCACCACCACUGUCAUUCAAUUCAAGACCAUUAUCACCAAAUGUUCGAUCAUCACCAUCAAUUCUUUCAAAUACAACACCAACACUUCAUAAUUAUUCAGUUUAA